AUGUCUUCCCUCCUUUUCCCCGCCCGGCGCAUGGUCUCCAAGGUGCCGACCUUGUCCGCUCGCACGUUUUCGACCACUCGGCCGGCACAGCUUGCGCGCCUGACGCUGGUAGGCCGCUUAGGAGCAGACCCCGAAAUCAGCGAGACUCGUUCCGGCCAUGUGAUCAAAUAUGUAAUCGGAACCAGCCACGGACCAAGAGACAAUCGACAAACUUCGUGGUUCCGCGUCGCUGCUUUCCCGCCAGAAGGUGCCCAAAGAGACUUUGUGUUGGGUUUGAGUAAAGGAACACUUGUGUACCUGGAAAGUGACGCUACGAUGCGCACGUACGAGGAUUCCGAGGGCAAGAAGCAGAGCUCGUUGAAUUUGAUACAGACGAAACUGGAGGUGUUGAAGCGGCCACAACCGCGAGAGGAAGAAGGUACAUCAGACGGGCUUGGAGCUUGA